CAAUUAUCUGGCCCUCCCCUUGACACUGAGGGCUAAAUAUUUAAGCAGCCCCAUAAACAUUCAAUCUGGGCUUUAGAAAACUUCCCCAGGCAAGCCUAAAUACAAUAUUCAAGAUGGGCAAGAUUGUGUUUUUUGAGGACAAGAACUUUCAGGGUCGUCGCUAUGAAUGUGACAGCGACUGCUCCGACUUCCAUACCUACCUGAGCAGCUGCAACUCUAUUCGCGUGGAGAGCGGCGCCUGGGUGGUUUACGAGCGGCCCAACUACAUGGGUAACCAGUAUGUGCUGACCAGGGGGGAGUAUCCUGAGUAUCUACGCUGGAUGGGCCUCAAUGACCGUCUCAGUUCCUGCAAGAUGAUCCACUUUACAAGUGGAACGCAGUACAAAGUUCAACUGUACGACAAGCCUGACUUCACCGGCCAGGCCAUAGAGACCACAGAUGACUGUCCUUCUUUGUUGGAGAGGUUCCGUCUGAGAGAGGUCCAUUCCUGCAAAGUUCUGGAUGGCUUCUGGAUCUUCUACGAACACCCCAACUACCGUGGCCACCAGUACUUCCUGGAGAAGGGCAACUACAGCAAACCAGCGGAGUGGGGAGCGGUCUGUCCCACUGUGCAGUCUUUCCGUCGAUUCACAGAGUGACCUUGAUUCAUAUCUGAUAUCCCCGUCCCACGAUAUUUGGACUAUUUGGCAAUGACACAUACUGAAGUGCUGCCUGAAAUAAAGUUUGGUUGGUGACUCA